GCAAGCGCAAUCCACAUAAACUUCAGUGAAGGUUUCCGUGAGAUGUCUAACCUCUACAACGCCAACAAACUCGAGGAGUGUCUUGCUAAAGGUCAUGAGCUCCUGGAAAGCCCUGCUAUCCCACGAUACCAUCGCAUGAAAACCCUCACAUUACUCAGCGCAACUACUGGGGAUUGGUAUGAAGCAGACGCCUAUCGCAUGGAGGCAGAGUCCCUGUGGCGCACAACACGCCUUUGGAAUCCAGAGGGUAGAGACGGAAUUAUGGACAAGUUCUUGGCCCAGGUGCGCGAGGAGCUUGAUGUGCUACAGUCUUCUUUACAAGAACAAGAGCAGGAGAUGUUGGAUGAGGAUAUGGAGGACGAGGAAGCUGCAAUGACUGACUCUGAGGCAAUGGAGGACGAGGACGAA